UGGUUAUUCCGCCAAAUUUCGUGAAUUUGUGUCGCAGCAUGUCCACUUGCAGUUCGUCCGAAAUAGCGGAGAAAAAGCGCAUUGCGCUGGCCAAGCUGCAGGCCAAGAAGUCCCAGCUGCUGGCCAGUGCAUCCGGCGGAAAGUCAGCCCCGAAUCCAACAAGUGCGCUGCAACAAGUCACGAAUGGAAACUCGAAACCCAAUAAACCGCAGGCCAAAUCCCCUUUGAAUUUCUACCGAUCUCCGCCUGCAGCGCAGGAGAAGAUCAGCAGGACCACGACCACGUCCGGUGACAACAAGAGCUCCGCCUUUCUGAACGCCCUCAAGGCCAUCAAACAGACCACCGCCCGGGAAUUGUCCCGAGGAGCAGCACAUCCCUACCAGAGGCCAAAUGGGGAGAAUGGACGAAGCAAGCCAACUCUCUCACUGGCUCCGGAAAAGGAGAAGCCAGUGGCUGUGCUACUGGGGAACUCCAUCACCUGCAAUCUCUACAUGAUCAGCACGAAACGUUUUGCCGCUCAAACCUCGGGAUAUCAUGAAAAGCUCAUAGCCGUGUUCAAAAACAUGCCCACCAAGUCCUACGAAAGCCAGACCCGCAUCUGGAGUUUCGACAUCUCGGACUACCAGUCCCUACAUACCCAUGCCGCGGAUCUAAAGCCACAUGUCCAUAUGGUAGGCAUUCCAAAGAAGGUGCUGGAUCUUUGCGGGCAGCCACCUAUAGUCGCGGAAAGAAGUGUUUUGGCUUCCAUAGAACCAAAGCUGGCGGAUAAGCUGAUGCCCUUCCAGCAGGAUGGCGUGUGCUUUUCCAUUGCCCAAAAGGGCCGCAUUAUGAUCUGUGAUGAAAUGGGUCUGGGCAAAACCUAUCAGGCCUUGGCUGUGGCCGACUAUUUUAGGGAUGAUUGGCCCUUACUGGUCUGCACCACAGCCUCUACAAGAGACAGUUGGGCAAAACACAUCGUCGAACUGCUGCCCAAGGUGCCCAUCCACUACAUCCAGGUGCUCAAUAACAAUCAACAAUAUGUGGGCGAAGCCCAGGUGCUCAUCACCAGCUACAACAUGAUGGAUCGUCACGAAGACAAGCUGAUGCAGCGCAAAUACGGCUUCAUCAUCUUCGACGAGUCGCACACGCUGAAGAACAGCAAAGCCAAGUGCACAGUGGCGGCCAAGAGACUCACGGACCAAGCCAAGCGGGUGGUUCUGCUCUCCGGAACUCCCGCUCUCUCCCGCCCUUUGGAACUAUUCACCCAACUACAGUUGGUGGAUAGCAAAUUCAUGAGUUUCAUGGAGUUUACGACUCGUUACUGUGAUGGCAAACAGUCCACAUUUGGCUGGGAUGCCAACGGCCAAUCAAAUCUAGAGGAGCUCAAGGUUAUACUUACCCUCAAAUAUAUGUUGAGGCGAACGAAAACAGAGGUGCUACCUCAACUUGCUGAAAAGAAUCGUGAAACUGUAGUCCUAGAUCCCGCCUUAGUCUGGACCAACGAUGAGGCCAAGGAUUCCUUAGAUGCCUUUAGCAAAGAACUAAAAACAUCCAAAGGAAGGGCCAUGGAGGAGAUUCUACUCCGUUUCUAUGCACGCACUGCUGAGGUGAAAGCCAAAGCUGUGUGUGCCUACGUAAAAACCUUGGUUAAGGAGCAGAAAAAGUUUAUAAUUUUUGCCCAUCACCGUGUCAUGAUGGAUGCCAUCAGUGACUGCCUCUGUGCGUUGAAAGUACACUACAUACGCAUCGAUGGACAGACGCGUAGUGAUCUCAGAGCGGAUUAUGUAAACACAUUCCAAAAGAAGAGCAGCUGCAAGGUGGCCCUGCUCUCACUUAAAGCCUGCAAUUCGGGCAUCACACUUACUGCAGCGGAGAUCGUCGUGUUUGCUGAGCUGGACUGGAAUCCCAGUACCUUGGCCCAGGCUGAGAGUCGCGCCCAUCGCAUUGGGCAGACGAAACCUGUGAUUUGUCGUUAUUUGAUGGCCCACAAUACGGCAGACGAUACCAUCUGGAACAUGCUGAAAAACAAGCAGGAGGUGCUCAGAAAAGUGGGUAUCUUUGCCGAGAAUCUUCAAAAGGCUACGCACACAGCGGCACCCACUUCGUCCCACAAAAUCGAGGAGUUCUUCUCGCCCGCCAAAUCAGCUCCUUCUCAUCCGCAAAAGGGCAGUAUUAGACAGUACCUUUCACCAGCUCCAACUAAGGCGGCUAGUGAACAGAAUAAUAAUACGGAAAAAACCAAAGAAAAUAAUGCUGAGUCGGAUAUCGCGGCCUUUUUAAAUGAUAAUGAUGAUGAGGCUUUUUUGGAUUUAGAUAUUUAGCUUAGAUCUUGCAUUGUUUAGUGAAUUACUUGAAAUAAAUUAAAAUUAAGAAUAUUGAA